AUGAAACAAAGCACCAUGGCCAGUCACAGAACGACACCACACUCUUUGUUAAUGGCCACUGCGCUAAUCUUGUCAUUAGCCGCCGCUUGUUACUGUGACCACACUUUAUCUUCUCAAGACGAGAUUAAAACAGUAUCCACUUCUCAAGGCCCAAUGACUUCACCACUUAAAAAGCUUUUCACGAAACCAUUAGUGACUACAGUGGCCUCGACUGCUGCAUCUUCAACUACAAAGAAUAGCUUAAAAACAACAAAAGCGUUCGUGGCGACGGAGAGCCCGGCUACCGCGCGCCAUUCAACUACUAAAGUGUACACAAGCACAAAGGAGGUAGUGAAAAGUGCAAGAAGGCAAAAGUUAAACACUAGUUCUAGUGCACUCGGCGCGGCGCAUUCACCAGCGCGCCUACAAGAGCGGCUGGGGGCGAUAGAUUGCGAUCUGCCCGUGCUGCCUCGGGAGUCACGCCUCUGGCGCGGCAACGAGACACAUGAACUCAAUCUGCCGGUCACUAUGGCGGAGGAGUGCGCAGGGAGCGGUGGCGGGGGAGCCGCGCCGGGUGCGCCCGAAGAGGAGUGCCCCCCGGUCAUCGUGUCGUGGGAGGGAUCUGCCGACAUACAGAGCGGAGACAUCCUUAUCGUCCGCAUCGCGGACUCCUUACUACUCGACACCUUCGGUCAAGUCGACGCCAAGAACGGCACUUCUGAAACGAAUGCUUCUCAUGGUGAUGGGGAAAGGGUACAUCGUACACUGCUGCAGCCAGCCGUGUACCAAGUGACACGGCAGGGCCAUGAGCAUUGCGAUGUCUCUGACGGAAUGUUACUGGACAUCACUCCACUAGACGAGCGUGGAGCAAAACUUUUCACGCUCUACGACAAGGAUCUUACAGAAGGAGUAAAUUUACUGAUAGUUGUGUCUGAAAAUUGGAAGUCUCAAUGUGUGCGACUAAAAGUAACCGUGAAGUCGGACAACUGCGGCGAGUCUGAAGACUGCUCGGGGAAGGGUGUGUGUUACACUAACGUUUCAAUGGAAGGGUACGAGUGUCAGUGCUGUCCAGGGUACGUGGGCCCGCACUGUGAGGAGCGGGACGCCUGCAAUCCGUCACCGUGUCUCAAUAACGGCAUCUGUGUCGACCUCACACAACCUCUCAACGGCGCCAACUACCGUUGUCUCUGUCCUUAUGGUUUUACUGGCAGAAAAUGUGAGCGGGACCCGUGCUACUCAUCGCCAUGUUUGAAUGGUGGCUCCUGUAUGAGUAUGGCGAUGAAUGGGUCGACAACUUUUCACUGCGCGUGCGCAGACGGCUGGACUGGCGCGCACUGCGAGCUUUCUAUAUCCGGAGGCGCCUGUAUGUCCAAUCCUUGCGUGAAGGGUAUCUGUAUCGAGCAAACUGAUAACGACGUCGAGGGACAAGAUUAUCGCUGUUUCUGUCAACCUGGAUAUACGGGUGAACGCUGUGAAAUGGAGUACAACGAAUGUGAGUCGUCUCCAUGUGCCAACGGGGGCACCUGCACCGACCGCGUCGGCGGAUUCGCGUGUUCGUGUGGUCGCGGCUACACCGGCAACACGUGUCAGCUCAAGGUGGACCUCUGCUCCCCAAGUCCGUGCCCUUCUCAUCGGAUCUGCCUGGACCGCGGCAAUAGUUACGCCUGCGAGUGUCCUCUCGGAUUUGUCGGCGAUGAGUGUCAUAUCCCCACCAGAUCUGCUUGUGACAACAACCCCUGUGCACAUGGCGGAACAUGUUGGAGUGGGAUUGAGUCUUUCUACUGCUCUUGUCGGCCCGGCUAUACAGGAAAACUUUGUGAAGAGGACUUUAUACUGGAAUCAGUGGUCGGGAGCGAGGGUGGUAUGGAUGUAGAGCCCCGUAGAGGAAGGCUUGAGAACAGUGGAGGAGGCUCUGUUCGUGAGGUGCGGAUGCCAUUGGGAUUGUACCACGAUAGACUGCAUAAUGUGUACAUUGCCGCCGGUACACUUGGAGCUGCUAUUGCUAUUGUUGGAGUUGUUGUGACGGCCUGCCAUUGCCGAGUGAACAAGACUUACUCCCGGCUGUUGUCUCGCCUGUCUCGGGUCACGGAGCCAGGCCCGCCGCACCACUGGCUGCAAGACAAGCGCGCUCCUCCUGCUUCAGCCCCCUUCCCCCCACCUUCCAACACUCUGGACACCACCGAUAUGUACUACACCCUUGACUUCAGUGACAGUCAGAGCUCUCCACUUAUUCAAUAG